UUGUGUAUUUAUUUGUUUUGAUUUCGACUUGAAAAUACAAAUUCAAUGGAUAAUUACGAUGAAAUGUAUAAAUGUAUAUGUCGUUUAUGUUUAUCUCAUUCGAAACCUGAAAAUAUGCUAAGUUUAUUUGAUGAGAAGAACACAGACGGCUUGAGCUGCUAUGGGAAGUCUGUAAUAAGUUUUGCCAAUAUUGUCCUUAAAACAAAUGAUAAUUUACCUACUGCAAUGUGCAAAAGUUGUUUAUUGUUGCUCAAACAAGCAAUACGCUUUAAAUUUCUAUGCGAAUAUAGUGCUAUACGCUUGAAAAACUUGUUUGAAAUAAGCAAUACCGCCAAUGGAGAUCUAAAAGAAAAUGUAUGCCAGUACGCGCUGUUUAACAAUCAUUUUCCUGAUAUAAAUAGUAGAAAGACCAAUAAUAAUACUGCGAAGAUCAACCCUAAGCAAGUUUCAAUCAAUCCAAAAUUAGCAGAACGAAAGUUUAGAUGUUCAACUAAAAAAGAAAAUUAUAAAAUUCACCAAUCACGAAUAAAUAAUAAGAGGCAGAACAAUAAUGACGCCAUAUACGAUGUAUUUAACAGCGUCGAUAGCGAUUCGGAAACAAACGUACUCAAACCGACACUAAACUCAAAAGAGUCAACGACAAAAUCACAAAAACAACCAAAAGAACGAAAAUUAACUAAUUUAACUUGUCCGUUAUGCCAGAAAGUUCUAGCCAAUAAGUUGACCUAUAAUUGCCAUAUGCAGAGGCACAACGGAUGCCGAUACAUCUGCGAGAGCUGUGGCAAAGGAUUUCCUGUAUUCAACGAAUUAAACAUACACAAAGUCACUCGGCACGGUACGGGGCAAUAUGUCGAAUGUAACCACUGCCAAUACAAAGCACCGUGCAAAUUUAAGUUAAUCGAACACUUGAGACUGCAUACCGGCGAGCGGCCUUUCACGUGUGAAAAGUGCGGACUGACCUUCCGGCGUCGAGCCAUUUGGAAGAAGCAUUUGGUUCAUCACUCUGAGAAAACUUUUCAAUGUCAGCAGUGUCCGAAGAAGUUUUACCGCUUGUCAAGUCUUAAAGAGCACAUGAAUAACGUACAUGAUCGCUUAUAUAUGUUCUCGUGUACUAAAUGUGGAUGCCUGUACGCCAAAACCAGAACAGUUCGGAGACAUUUAUUAGAAAAACAUGGUAUUCCUCGAGAAUUGCAGGGCAAGAUCUUAAGGGUCAUGAAAGGGGGUAACAAUGAUUUUGGUGCUAAAUAAAUUAUAUAGUUUUAUUAAUUAAAAUUUAUUUUGAAAUC